GGAUCUGCUUCUUCUCCAUCCGAGUUCCAGAUGCGGAUAUGGUAUGAUAUUUGUCCCUGCUACGUAAUCCAGUUCUUCGGCUACCCCAACUAACUUAAAACCUCCCGCGAGGCGCCAUCUGAGACACCAUUUCAAUGAUGAUCGGAUCAAUCAUCGUCAGUGUUCUCGCCCGGAAGAAACCAUCAACAAGUGGGACGGCAGCUCCGCCGGAAUUCGUUAAUCGGGCCGCAAAGAGGAAGAGGGGAAGAAUGGAUGACACGUACUACUUUGCUUUGAACUACUUCUUACGCUAUUACGCUGCUAACAAUGCCAUUGACACCAUACCCUUCUAGCUUUUUCAAGACUUUUCAUAACCCAGCAAUUCACAUUUUGUUUCGAUUGAAGUUUGCUAGUGACAGUUUUGCUCCAAAUGAGGAAAUCAGUAAUAGGGAGAGCCAGCAAAGUUGGAAGCAGAUUAGGGGUUCAAAGCCUCUCCCCUUUCGGUUGACUCCCUUCUCUAUCCAUCGUCAUGGGCAUCUCCGUACUCACUCUGCAUGACAUUGACAAUGUACUAGGACUGAUGGAGUUAGUCAUCCGAUAUUACGUACCCAUCAAUCAGAUUCCAUACCCCUAUAUAAUAAUUUUUUCCUUUCAUAGUUUUCUGGUCUUCCCUCAUCGCUAUUCUGUAACACUGCUCUCCGAAUCUGUUAGUACGCCGGUGCUGAGGAAACUCCAGGUAUGGAUCACUAUUCUGUAACACUGCUCUCUCAGUCUGUUAGUACGCCGAUGCUGAGGAAACUCCAGGUAUGCAUCACUAUUCUGUACACGCCCUUCGAGUCUGUUAAUACGCCGGUGCUGAGGAAACUCCAGUUUAACAAGCACGAGGUCGAUAAUCCUUAUAGGUCUCAGAUCAGAUGACAAUGGGUCAUUCCUGGGAUAGUAGGACUCAUAUCCUUCAAGGGCUUGGUGUAGCGGUGUCGCUGUCUUCGUAAGAACUAUUUCGUCGUCUGCAUCUCGUCUUCCUCUUUGUCUUCCUCCAUCCCCCUUCCUCUAUAUCCUUACACUUGGUCCCUCUCUUCGCGAUCCAAGUUCUCCCUUCUGCUAGGCCCGGCUUGUAUCUCCUCCUCCUUUCCUUCUUCGAUCUCGUCAUCCCCUUCAUCUCUCAUCUCGAUAUCAUCGUCCUCAGCAUUCUUGGUCCUCCUCCGUCGUUUAAUACUUUCAGCAUAUCCACACUGGUCGGCGACUUUCCUUCUCUCACAUUGUUCACAGACUGGUCGCCGGCCGUCACAUCGAAGCUUGCGCUUUCUGCAAGGAUAGCAAGAGAUCAGCUGUCGCUUCCUCUGACGAUGAGAGCCAGCAGGCUCGAGACCAGACCCUUCCCGAUAAUUAGUGGAAGAUUCCGAUGAGGAGAGCGAAUAAAUUGGAGGAGGAUGCAUUUGUGGCGG